AUGAAAGGUAGUGUCAAAGGAGCUCGCAAUUUGGCGCGCGGGGCGGCUCAGGGAUCUUUCGCUGAUAAUAAUUUCUAUCACAUUGCUCUAUCCACGGAAAAAACCAAAUAGCAGAGCCACGUCGUCGUGAUAUUCCAGAUAUUGGGGUCUUUUUCGUACCGAACAUGUCCAGCCAAGAUUACUACGGUGGUGGUGGUGGUGGUGGUUAUCCACCAUCCCAGAACCAAUACCCGCCUCAAAACUAUAACCCUCAACACCAACAGUAUCCAGGUCAGAGUCCUCCUCCAAACCAGUACCAGCCUCAAGGCUGGAGCCACGACAACAAUCAAUACGGUGGGCAGCAGUACGGUGGGCAGCCGCCGUCACAUACGCCGAACUCCUACGGAUCACCGCCUCCGGGUCAGUACUCGCCUUAUCCUCCGCAACAACAACCCUACGGUGCACCCCCACCACAAGGGAGCCCUUCCUCUUACCCCGGCGGCCCGCCCCCUUACGACAAUCAUUCCGGCUCGGCGCAGGGCCAAGGCUACCCACCGCAAGGCUACCCGAAUCAAUAUCCCCCGUCCGCGGGUCAAUACCCUCCCCAGCAACAACACCAACAACACCAACAACCGCCGUACCAACAACAACAACAGCAGCAACAGUACCAACAGCAACAACAGCACCAACAGUAUCCGCCCGGGCAACAAGGUGGUGACUAUCCGCACGAUCCCAACACUGGCGAUAGGGGACUAGGGUCAUUGGUAGGAGGCGUACUCGGAGGUAAAAAAGGCGGCGGCACCCCACUAGCAGCCAUAGGUGCAGCAGCCGCUGCGCAUUACCUUAGCGGUUCUUCUUCUCGCGGAGGCAGCUAUGGAGGUCACGGGGGUGGGUACGGAGGAGGCCGUGGCGGAGGACAGGGGGGCAUGGGUAUGGCCUCGGCAUUCGCUCCCGCCGCUGCACUUGCUGGCGCCUAUGGUGGCAGCAAGAUGUACAAGAAGGACAAGAAACAUAAAAAGGAUAAGAAGAACAAGAGCCAUAGUCGCAGCAGUUCGAGCAGUGGAAGUAGCCGGAGCAGCUAGGUAAAGCCAAUGGGUGGCUUACCGCAUAGGCAUAGGAUAUAGCGAACGAUGUUGGAGCGGAUGGAUAAAUAUCACGAUUUCGUAACGAUAAAUUGGACUCAAGCUUUAGGAUUUAGGCCGUCUAGAGCCUAGGUCUU